GAACAUCUGGAGUUCAACCAAGUCCGAGUGGCUUCAUGGGUGGUCACGGUGUGCACAGAGCUAUCCAUGGAUCAUGACAUAUGCAAACGCUUGCACAUGACACACACAGGGCUGUGCGGCUCUCGAAUUGAUACUGACUGGUGGGUCGGUGGGUGGGCGUGGUAAGGUUGAUCGAUCCCAUCCUACAUCGGUGGAAUUCGCAUUCACUUUUCCCAUCCCAUACAUCCAUCGACUUCUUGAUCAUAUAUAUUCACUCCCUGGUCCCCCCUCUACCUUAUUACUCUCUCUUUUCUUUGUUGGUCUUCCCUUACACCUACAUAUCAUUUACGUCUAGGAUCACAUUCCUUUUCCCUUGGACUUACCGUCUUUGUUGUUGUGUCGCUUGCAUACAUAUACAUUCUGUACCUGGGAGGCUGUUCCAUCAUUUCUGCGACCCAACGUUGACCUCAGAACUCAGACCUCAUUACCGAUCCGACACCUGAUAUUGUUACUCUCUCGCCGAUCCCAUUCCAACAUGCAUCCUGUGGCUCCAGCAAAGUCCACUCCGGCUCACGCCAACGGCAACGGUCACUCCAAAACCCAUGCCGCCAAAACCGCCGAUGACAACAAGUACGACAUGGCAUUUCCUUCGACCAUUCGCCAGCGAUUUCUGACCUCUCCUUCCGACCUCGGUGUCGUCCUCGUCGGGUUCUCCGGUGGACAGUGUAAAGAAGGAGUGGACGCUGCACCAACAGCACUUGUGGGCGCAGGACUACUAGACCAACUCUCCGACGAGCUAGGGUACAAUCUACACGGAGACACCGAGGUGCACAAUUUCAAUGAAAUGAGAAAACCCAAUGACGAGGACCACCGUGGAAUGAAGAACCCGCGGGCAGUGUCUGCGGUGACAGAGAAACUAGCAUCCCAAGUCUAUGAGCAGGCCAAACACGGCAGGAUGGUUCUGACACUGGGUGGAGACCAUUCAAUCGCCAUUGGAACUCUAGCAGGCACAGCCAAAGCGAUUCAUGAACGAUACCAGGGACGCAAGGAGAUGGCAGUCAUCUGGGUCGACGCACACGCCGACAUCAACACACCGGAGACAUCGGACUCUGGCAACGUGCACGGCAUGCCCGUUGCAUUCGCAAGCGGACUAGCCACAUCAGACCAGCGCGACAUAUUUGGCUGGAUCGAAGAGGACCAACGCAUCAGCCUGAACAAACUCGUCUACAUCGGUCUACGGGACGUCGAUCGUGGUGAGAAGAAGAUCCUACGAGACAACGGUAUCAAAGCGUUCAGCAUGCACGACAUCGACCGCCACGGAAUCGGCCGCGUUAUGGAAAUGGCCCUCGCACAUAUCGGCUCCGAUACACCGAUCCAUCUCAGCUUCGACGUCGAUGCCUUGGAUCCCAUGUGGGCACCCAGCACAGGCACCCCUGUCCGUGGAGGCUUGACUCUAAGAGAAGGUGACUAUAUUGCUGAAUGCGUCCAUGAGACGGGUCAGCUCGUCGCAAUGGAUCUCGUCGAGGUUAAUCCUAGCCUUGAGGUUGCCGGCGCAUCUGAGACAGUCAGGGCGGGUGUCAGUCUCGUCCGUUGUGCACUUGGCGAUACCUUGCUGUAGCUGGCUCCCCCCUCCUCUGUGCAGGACAUGGAUCAUGGAUCUCUACAAGAGAAUGAAUGACUUUAUGAUUUAAUUGUCCUUUCCGGCGGUAUAGGAGGAUUGUCUCGAUGCUUGUCUAUCAUCGUCAUCAUUAUCAUCUCCAUUGUUGAUAGGGUGAACUAGGAAAGAUAAAAUUCAAUGACCUCGCCGGUCAAAAGUUACCUCAUCAUGAUCUACGUACGACAUGCGAAUGUGACGGCAGAAGAAUAAUAUGUAUGAAAGCGGCAUGCUAGCCAUUUGGUGAUUAUUUACUAGUAAAUUUCAUGGGUAGAUGCCCAAACGUCCCAUAUG